AUGGACGCUCUACCCCAGGCCGCUUCGAGCAGUGUCACCGUCGAAUACACCGACCCCUCAGGACUGUUCUCUGCCGUGCAGCCGGUAAUUGCGGACAAACUACCUCUGCGUAACCUCCACUGGAAGUCUCCAACCCGCCCCGUUCGAUCAAUCGAGUCGCUCCGCAUCGGAUUCACACCCGCGAACCAUGAAGUCGUUGAGCGCAAGCCUUCCAGCGAUGCGCCAGGGAACGCCAUAACGCAUAGACGCCAUCAGAUUCCAGGUCUUCGACAAACACCCUACCUGAAGAUCUACAUCCUCCGGUGCGACGACAACGACACAUACAAGACUACUGCGAGGAAGGCACUGCGGGAGUGGAUCAAGUCGCACGGCUCGUCGUCGACGUCUACUAGCACCUCGGCGACUAGCCAGGAGAAACACGAUGCCUUCGAAUGGCUCAUACUGCACGUAGUCCAGGACGGUGACGGGCUGGAGAAGGCCGCGCCCACGUCGAAAUGGGGUCGGACAACGACGACAGUGCUGGAGAAGGUCAAGGCGGAUUUCAAUGGCUCCUCCAAGUCGGCUAUGGACCGUGUCGCUCAGCUACGGCUGCCGAAGGGGGGCACCCAGCAGAAGUCCCCGGAGUUGGCGGAUCAGAUCGAGGACUUUGUUGAGAAGAUCAAGAACGGGAUUCUGGCGUCGUUUGAUCUUCGUGUUGCGCAGUAUGAGGAGGAUAUCAAAGAGAAGGACUCCCAGCGGAGCCUUCCCGGCUGGAAUUUCUGUACCUUCUUCAUCCUGAAGGAAGGCCUUGCAAGAGGGUUUGAGAAUGUUGGGCUAUUUGAGGAUGCACUGCUUGGGUACGAUGAGCUUGCUGUUGGGUUGGAUGCUGCGAUAUAUGAGCAAUUGGAGGGAUCGAGUGAGCAGCAUGGCAGUGCGUUUCUAACGUACAGCAAAGACUGGCAGGAGAAAGCGAAAGCAGCUCUAGACAGUCGAGUUGACCCCGAAGAGCCAAGCGAGGAUGGGGAAGUGGCUCCGAUUCCAGAUAUAGAUCCUGCGGAUUUUCCAAUCAACCCGGUGAAGAAGCCCUAUCGGGAAAUGAUUCUAUCCAGCAACAUCUCGAUAUUCGACUUCCGCACUUAUAUCUUCUCCCGUCAAUUGACGCUCCUCCUCAGGGCAUCAAGGGCCCCAUCACUUCUCGGAGAUGACACGGAUCCAGGCAAAAAAACUGGGAAGAGGGAUAAGAAGCCUGAAGAUCUACUGCUAUUAUCUGAAAUUUGCGAACGUUCGACCGAGUUUAUCGGCCUUGCUGCACGAACACUCCGGUCUGAUUUGGAAAGUGGUCUGGUGGAAGUUGAAAAUGAUGUCAAAUCGGAGAUCAUCAGCAAUCUUGUUUCCUCAUGGGCAUAUGCUGCAGCGUCUCAGAUUCUGCUCCAGACAUUUACCCCAGCGCUCACUCUUCCCGAAUCAUCCCUACACGCAGCGGACGUGGCUCAGCAAAAGCCAGAUGUCCCGAGGCGAACAAGUUCUCUCAUCAUGCCCACAAAUCGCCAGUCUCGCGCAGUAAAAACAGAAAUGGUCUCCCCCGAUGCAUUGUCAUCGAUUCACGCCCAACCGGGCUACGAGGGCCCCAAGCUCACAACUAGGACUGGGUCAGAACAACUAGCCUCUGAGAGGGGCGAAUUGCUUUUGAUGGCUCGAAGGCUCCUAGAGGAAAUUGCUGGUCGAUGUGGGUGGAAGGAAACGUGGACCGACCUUGGUCUUCUCUUUGAUGAUAGAAACUCUACCUCGGGCGACAUGGAUGACGUCUCCCUUGAUGAGGAGAAUCCGCAGCCAGCUGAAAGACCUCAGCAAGUGAACUCUCUGAGUGGUGUUGACUUACCAGCCCUAAAAGCAGGUCUCGGGUCAAGGAAGGCCUUUCGCGCUCAUUAUGAAGAACUCACGGAUCGGAUGUACCGCCAUCAUAUCGCGGCGAACCGUAUAAACUCAACACAUACGGCUCUGGCUGACAUGGCCUUAUUACGCUAUCGACAAAGCGACUACGGCGCUGCUGCAUCUUACUUCCAUCAAAUCACCCCAUUUUACGGCAAUAAGCAUUGGACUGCUCUAGAAGGAGUAAUGCUAGAGAUGUACGCACGGUGUUUGAAAGAGCUGGAUCGAAAUGAGGAGUAUGUCCGACUAGUCGUCCGCCUUCUAGCGAAAUAUGCGGCGCAUACCCAGUCUCAACUGUCAAACCGACAGAAGACGUUGGAUGCGUCUUCAAUCUUUGCAGAACAAGAGUUGGUCUCGGACUAUGUGGAGGAGCUGUUCCGAGCAUCGAAUGCGCUACAGAAGGAUAUUCCUGCCUCCUUAACGGACUUCUUCGCCGACAUGCAUGUCAAGCCUGUGGUCCUUCACUACAAAGACAAGGACGGAUUCCAGCUCCAACUGCAUCUGCGGUUCCUUCUGGGGAAACGCAUUGAUAUUGACUCAGUCAAAAUCCGACUUGUGAGUGCCAGUGGCAGUGGCCAAAGCAGCGAACAUUGGAUAGAGGCUCCGGCAAAAACGACCGUCAAGUCAUCCUCAACAAGGGUCCUGGUUGAUUCAACGACGACACUGCAAGGAAAGUACUUUGUGGACCGCGUUGAGAUGCGAGCAAGAAAUCUUGUAUUCACUAUGGCUGGCGGAAACCAGCUUGCCCUGCCUGUAGGUUUCAGGGAAUCCAUCGCUGAAGAAGAGGAGGAUAUCCGGCCCUACAUCUACUGCUACCCACACCCAGAGGGUUUACAAGCAAAGAUUGAGUCACCUCAUCUUGUGAACCUGGAAGCCAUGCGGACAUUAGAGCUAGAACUCAACAGCGGGUGGAACGAUAUCAAGUCGGGAAUUCUCCGAGUGCGGCCGGCCACCGCAGGCCUUCGACUGAGAAUUGCAGAGACAGAGGUCGUUGAAGGUGAUAUCGAAAUCAAAGCGAACACAGAAUCGGGGAAUAUUGAAUUCAAUGAGCUAGGUCGAAACUCAACUGUUCGAUUCCGCAUUCCAUACACAGUCGAGGAGCACCCCGCAACGCUCUCUGCAAGGGCCGAAGUGACGUACGAGACUGAACAAGGACGUUUCUCCUACUCAUCAGGGCAUACCGUUGUCUCUGCUCUACCGAUCAGCGUCAACGUGCAGGAUGUCUUCAAGCAAAGUAUCCUCUUUUCUCGUUUCACUGUUAGCCCAGCCACGAUGAUCCCGCUUUGGAUAUCGAGAUGCAGCAUCCCUAGUUCGGAUGUCUAUCAGGUUCAGUCCAACGUCGGCGAGGCCGUUGCCAUGCGAGUGUUUCCAAAACAGCCCGCGUCUUUGCUCUACAAAAUCCAGCCAAGGGCAGACAUUGUUACCUCGCCUGGAGCGCGAAGAUCUCUACGUCUCAGCGUCGAUUUUACUUGCAUCGAUGACGAGUGCUUUGAUACAGUGGAGAGGACAUUCAAAGCGAGUAUAUCUGGCAGCGAAUUCGCGCAAUAUACGACCCUGCUCACACCGCACAUUGUCGAAGCGUACCGUAGCCAGUUGUCAACCUCAGACAUGGAGGUCAUCGGGCUUGUUCGUGAGAUCGAAGCCUUGCCUUACGCAGCUGUGCGUUGGGAUGUACUGUUGGGUGCGCUCAAGGAGCCAAUGGACGGUCUACGGGCUUGGCUCAAGGAGUGGCAUGAUAAUCAUCUGAUCCUGACUCUCCCCGAGCAACCGUCAAUACGCCAGCGUCACAUCAUUAUUCCCGUUGAUAUACCUGAGAUACAAGUGGUCCACACCGCAGAACUACGAAUAACCAACCUUCCAGAGCAAGCACCUCACGCUGCGGUUGGACAGACCAUCACCGCCGAGCUGCGGUUAUCCCAUACGCGAAGAUGGUGUUCACCCGACCAGCGCGAAAACGCAGGAGGGCCACUAGAAUUCUCAUACGAACUUCAUGCAAACCCAGAAUUGUGGAUGGUUGGCGGCCGUAGACGAGGAAACUUCACAGCAAGCGAAGGCGAAACGACGACAUUUGCUGUUAUGUUGCUGCCCCAGAAAUCGGGGCAUCUGCUGCUGCCAGGGCUGGAGAUUAGGAGCUUUGUGCCGCCACCAGCAGUGACGGUGCAGUCGCCGUCGACCACGACGGGAGGGGCGCCCGCGGCGGUGGCGGCAGCAGCAGCAGCGGGGGCAGGAGGGCUUCAGCGUCGGCCGAUCCCCUGCGAGGUCGACUACCGAAAUCACGGCGAGACGGUGCUCGUAUUACCAGAUCUGCGGGGCACGACGAAACUAGAGGUCGACGAUAUACUCUGCCUGAACUGUGUUUCUUCAGGCCGAACUUUUUUUUUAGCCCACCCCACAGCACCCAACCUGAGCUUCAAGCCCUCAACAGAUUCUCGGCCUUCCCCAACAAAACUGUCCAUCACCAGUCGCCCUCCGGACCUGCCCUGCACAAGGUCACGCCAUCAAAGCAGAGCCCGCAAACGUCGAAUACACUCUCUACGUACUACAAGAUGA